CCCAGGGAAAUCAGCUGAAUUGCCAGGCCAAUGGCUGGGGCGGCUGUCAAUCACGCCUUGGCCACGCCUCCGCCCCGCUCUGGUAUAAAUGCCUUCAGCUUCAAGCUGACCUCCGUCCGCACUGCCGCCCACGGGAUUGCCUGUCUGCUGGAGCCGUUUCUGUAAGUUUUGGAUAAAGGGCAGAGAAAAUGACAAUGAAGAUAGCAGUAUUGCUGGGCUGUAUCCUGGGAAUUGGUGCCUUUCCCACCUUUGAGGAAGUCCCUGAAGAUGGAGGCAAGCAUUGGGUUGUCAUUGUAGCUGGCUCAAAUGGCUGGAUGAACUACAGACACCAGGCUGAUGCGUGUCAUGCUUACCAGAUUGUGCACCGACAUGGUAUUCCAGAUGAACAGAUCGUUGUUAUGAUGUAUGAUGACAUUGCCUAUAAUAAAGAGAAUCCAACUCCAGGCAUCAUUGUCAAUAGACCCAAUGGCACAGAUGUGUACAAAGGAACACUAAAGGACUAUGUGAAAGAGCAUGUUACACCGGCCAACUUUCUUGCUGUGCUGAGAGGUGAUGCUGAAGCAGUGAAGAACAAAGGAUCGGGAAAGGUGAUUAAAAGUGGCCCCAAGGACCACAUCUUUGUCUACUUCACUGAUCAUGGCAGCACUGGAAUUAUAGCUUUUCCAGAAGAUGAUCUUAAAGCAGAGGAUUUACAGAAGACUAUUAAAUAUAUGUACCGUCAUAAGAAAUACCAGAAGAUGGUGAUCUACAUUGAAGCAUGCGAAUCUGGGUCAAUGAUGCAAGGUCUGCCUGAUGAUAUCAAUGUUUAUGCCACGACUGCUGCCAAUUCCCAUGAAUCUUCAUAUGCUUGUUACUUUGAUGAUUAUAGACAAGCCUACCUUGGUGACUGGUACAGUGUAAAUUGGAUGGAAGAUUCGGAUGAGGAGGAUCUGAAAAAGGAAACUCUCCAUAAGCAGUUUGUGCUGGUAAAGAAACACACAAACACCAGUCAUGUGAUGCAGUAUGGAAACUUGUCUAUCGCUAGUAUGAAAGUAGUACAGUUCCAAGGCACAAGCAAAGCCUCCAGUACUCCCAUUUCAUUGCCACCAGUAAGUCACUUAGACCUCACUCCCAGUCCUGAUGUGCCCCUCGCAGUCAUGAAGCGCAGGAUGAUGUCCACUAAUGACGCCCAGGAGACUAAGAAGCUCUUAGAAGAAAUGAAGAGACAUCUGGAGGCCAAAGAACUAAUCCAGAAGACGAUGCACAAGAUUAUAUUCUUCAUAACGGAAUCUGAGGAGCGUACUGAACAUGUCUUGGCAAGCAGGUUACUGUUGAGAAACUACGACUGCUACUACACAGCCAUGGAUCAUUUCAAAAGACGUUGCUUCAACUGGCACAUUCCUGUGUAUGAAUAUGCUCUGAGACAUCUGUAUGCCUUGGCCAAUGCCUGCGAAUCAGGAUAUCACAUUGACAGGAUAUUACUUGCCAUGGACCAAGUAUGCCGUGGAUAUUAACACCACCACUACCACUAUCUAAUGAGUAAUCCAGCAAAAAGUGAUGAUGUGAUUGUAAUCAAAGCAGACUGCAAAGCAAAAAGAGGCCAGUUAAAUGCAUCCACUACAAAUCAUAAGAAGAAUCCUACAGUGGCAGCUCAGCUGCGGACAUGUUCUGCACCUUAAAGCCUUUAUUGAGUGAAACAUGAUGUGUGUAUUUCACUCUGAAAAUUACUUCUGAUGUCCCCUUGAUUUGACAAAUACAUCAAUGUUGUCACAAUUGCCAUAUAUAUAUUUUAGCUCCAGUUAUGUUAAUGUUUUGCUGCAGUUUGACUGGCUUCCUUAAGUGCUCAUUUUAACUGAACUGGGUUCUGUUGGGUUUUUUAGUUUAAAGCUUUCACUCAGGGUUUGAUGAUUAAGCCUUUUGAAGAAUUGUGCUAUGAAUGUCACAAAGAGGCCUGCGGUGAAAAGUGUAUUUUUGUUCUUUUUAAUAAUUGUGAAUUGAUGCUUUAAAGACCCCAGGGACACACUGUUAACUGAAAUGUUUUACAGUGUGUGGCUCAAAUAUUUUAAAAGCCAUAAGUUUAAUUUCUCUAACUUUACAGAAUUCACUUUGCUUUUAACGAUCAGGUUUUCUUUAAAAGUAAUCAAGUGAAUUCCAUUUGUGAUGAAGACACUCUGCUGAAGGAGACUGCCUACUGCUGUUUAUGUUUUGGAUUCCAAUGUAAUUGUAUGUUUACACAACUUGGUGGGAAAUUUUGCAGUAUUUGAAGCAACCUGUGAAUAAUAAAAAGUUAAGCUGCUCAUGCAGCCCUUUAA